AGGUUAUCAAACGUGAAAUAAUAUUAAAUGUUUUGGAAAUAGUUGUGUAACUCAGCUGAUUGAUAGUGGAACUGUUGUAAAAAUACUAGAGACUUUUUACGUAGAAACAAGGAUGCCAAUCGGUUGAAGCUACUAAUUUUAAAUUUUGUACAUGUCUUCUCGACCCCAGUAAACUCAUAUAAUGUACUGACACCAAACAAAUAUAAUUAAUUUAUAAAUAAACAAUCGUUCUGAUAAGAAGAUACUUUAUCACUUAUAAGAGCGUACAUACAUCGACGAAAGUUUAUUUAAUUGGAACCAGAUCUAAUAAUAAUUAACCGCAAUGUUCCCGAAAAUAGUUAGAUUGAAUUGUUUCAACGAUUUUAAAAUGUUAAAAAGAAGUUUAAGAAAUCGACCGGACUUUACGAAGAAUAGAUAUAAAAUACCAAGAGGAAACUACAAUUAUUUACACGACGAUCACAUUAAGUAUUUUCGAAAUUUGCUGGGCGAUGAAAGAUUGAUAAUGGACCUGUCGGAUUUAGAAAGAUACAACGUGGAUUGGUACAAGCAGGUCAGAGGUUGCAGCACAGUGGUUUUAAAACCGAAAACAACCGACGAAAUUUCCAAAAUUUUAUCGUUCUGUAACAAGGAAAACCUGGCUAUUUGCACCCAAGGAGGAAAUACCGGGGUCGUUGGAGGAUGUGUACCCGUCUUUGACGAAAUCGUCAUUUCAACAGAGUUAUUGAAUGAAAUCAUUAGUUUCGAUGAAAAUUCAGGAAUUUUAACUAGUCAAUCGGGAUGUAUUUUACAAAAUCUGGAUAACUUUUUGGCUGAGAAAAAUUUCAUGGUACCUUUAGAUCUCGGAGCAAAAGGAACCUGCCAGAUUGGAGGAAACGUAUCGACAAACGCAGGUGGAAUGAGGCUGUUGAGGUAUGGAAAUAUGCACGGGAAUGUUCUAGGACUCGAGGCGGUUUUAGCAAAUGGAGAGAUAAUAGACUGUUUAAGUACGUUGAAAAAGGAUAACACGGGUUAUCACUUGAAACAUUUAUUUAUUGGAUCCGAAGGUACUCUAGGUGUUAUUACCAAAGUGUCCAUACAGUGCCCUACACGACCAAAAUUUAGAAAUGUAGCUUUAUUAGGUUUGCAGAAUUACGAUAAAGUAUUAAAAACGUACAGGCUGGUCAAGCACUCUUUGGCAGAAAUAUUAUCUGCUAUAGAAGUAAUGGAUGCUGGAUUUAUGGAAUUCGUUAAAGACAAAAAUAAUAAAAAAUUACCCAUAGACGAUUAUCCAUUUUACCUGAUGUUAGAAACAACGGGCAGCAAUGAGAGCCAUGAUCAAGAAAAAUUGAAUAAACUAUUCGAAGAAGUUAUUCAAAAAGGUCUGGUUCUGAACGGGACGGUAGCAAGCGAUGCUAAGAAGGUGGAGGAAAUAUGGUCCAUAAGAGAUACUAUAUCAGAUGGUAUCAAAGAAUGCAAAGCAGUGCUUUUGUACGAUAUUUCUUUACCAUUGGUGCAUUAUUAUCGCAUUAUCGAGGAUAUUAGAGAGUACUUGGGUAAUAAAUGUUUAACUGUUUUCGGUUACGGACAUAUAGGCGAUGGAAAUUUACAUAUAACAAUCCAGCUGGAUAAUUAUGAUAACCAGUUGAAAGAGGAUGUGGAAAAUUACGUUUUGGAAAGAACUUUGGCAUAUGAAGGUAGUGUAAGCGCGGAACACGGGCUUGGUUUCAUGAAAGCUCACUAUUUAGAUAAAAUAAAAGCCAAAAAUACGCUUAAUUUAAUGAAAAAUAUAAAGGAAAUGAUGGAUCCGAAGGGUAUAUUAAAUCCUUAUAAAGUCAUCCAAAAACAACAUUAAAUUUAAUCAUAAAACUCCUUAAUUUUAAAAUAUCCCUAUAUUAAUAUUUAUUUGUAAUACUAGAAGCAUUCCAUUUUAUCAGUGAAAUGAAAUUGCAAUUCUGCUUAAUAGAGAACGAUUUUUCAACUGAACCUUGUAAAC